AUGAGCCCCGCGGCUGGCAUAACGGCACCGCUGCCACUGGAAUUGAGCGAGUUGCCACUGCAGCAACAGCAGCAACAACAUCCGUAUCACUAUCAGCAACAACAUCAGCAUCACACGAGUAGCAAUUAUUAUGAGCCAGCAGCAGAGUCGUUGUCGCUGUCGCAGUCGGAGGCGUUGUCAGGAUUAGCAGGAUAUACACAACAUUAUUAUGGGGCAGCAAAUAGUGCUGCUGCAGCUGUUGUUGGCGGCGCGGCGACGACACAAACGCUCCAGGAUGAGAAUGUUGGCAUCGGCAUCGUCGGCGGCGGCGGUGUUGGCGGCGGUGUUGGUGUUGGCGACAUUGGCGACUUGGCAGCACCAUAUGCAAAUUAUGAACCAAAAGCUGAAGCCAUCAAUGCCGCAGGCUUUGUGCCAACGACCGCACUACAUGGCUACAACAACUACGAGAGCUACAGCAAUUACAACAACUACAACAACUACAACGGCUACAACAACAGACUGCACUCAGAUGGCAAAAUCGAUUUUGUCAUUAAUACGGCAAAUUACGAGCUCGAUGGCAAUGCCGACCAUCAACAACAACAACAACACCAACAGCUACAACAACAGCAGCUGCUGCGAAGUGAGCAGCCAACUCCGGCAGCCAUCUACUAUCAGAACUAUGGCGGAUAUCAGGCGACGCUGCCGCUAUCGCUGCCUCAGGCUGGGCCACCGCUGCCGCCACCGCCAACGCCACUGCUCGAUUAUCCUAUUGAGCAAUUUUCCAAUUAUCGCCAUACGUCCGCAGGGAGCGACAGAGAGCAGCAGCAACAGCAGCAGCAACAACAGCCGCUUCAGCAGCAGCUGGAAAAGGUGGCGCCACAGCCGCGGCAAUUGAACGAUGACAACGGCAUGGUUUAUGCCGGCAGCACGCAACGUGCCACACUUGCUGUGCAACAGCAGCAACAGCAACAGCAGCAACAGCAGCCACAGCAACAACAGCGACAACAAAGACAACAGAGCAAUACACAUUUCCCUGUACAGGAUCAACAACUGGCCGCGCGGCACAUUGUCGAUCUGCCAGGCCAAACAGGCAACAGCCUUGCCCCAAGCGGAGGCUCAGCCAUUGGCAACUCGCUGCCACCCAUAACAACAAGCGUGCAUCACACGCCUUCGAGCAGCAAAGCGAUUGCCGGACUGCCGCUCUCCAAGCACAUUGAGGUGACCAAACAUGUGCCCGUCACCCACUAUCAGAAGCAACAUGUGCCCUACAAGCAGCCGGUACCAUUGCGUGUGCCACGCCCCCUGAUCACCACCAUACCCAAGCCGAUUCCCAUUCGGGUGCCAGUGCCAAAGACCGUGACAGUGCCGCAAUUUCAAGAGGUCAAGAUACCCGUGGAGAAAGUGAAGCCGGUGGCUGUCGAGCGUCCAGUUCCCUUUGUGGUGGAACGACGUGUUCCAUAUCGGGUGGAGAAACCCGUUGCCACGCCCAUGUACUAUCCGUAUCCCAUCAAAGUGCCCAUCAUACGCACAGUGGUGCAUAAGCAGCGACCUGGACACAAGGGACAUCGUCGCUGGGCGGCUCUCAAUCAGUUGUUGGGUUAGCUUUAAGUUUAAGUGUAU